CUAUCUAUCUAUGGUUUCGUGUCUUUCUGCUUGGAUUGAGUAUUUCUAACCUACGUAGUUCAGCGAACCUUUAAUGAUCGAUCCAUCUGUGUUAACGGCGCUGCUAGAGCUGAUACUGUUUUCCUACGUGUGGUAUUAUUUUCAUGUAUCUCAAGAAACACCGAAGAGGAGAGAAAUAAUAAGACAUUAAUUUUGACUGUGGAAUGCCAGGUCUGAUGACCCUGUGGAGUUACUGCAGAGUGAGAUUAAUUAUGCAGAUCUGCCACCCUAGGCUUUGGGAUGUAAGUACUGUGUUGUAAUUCACUGCAGGAUCAUUCAUGUAGCCAGCAUAUCGAUAUGAUUGUUAUUCCAGCAAGGUUUCCUCUGCCCCUAGACAAUUACAGACCACUUACCAGCAUCUCCCAUUGACUUCUUAUUUAAAAUUCCCAGGGCCUCUGCAGGCAGGCAGGUCCUUUUGUUGGAGACAGUGGCAAAUCAAUGGCAAGAGGCAACGUGGGACUUUCCUUGGGACAUGAUGAAGCUAAGAUAGUUUGUUAAGCCAAAUGUAGACAUUCAAAUUCCAGUUGAAAAAUGGUGUCUUUUGUGACAUCCUGUCUUUAACACCUACUUUUAAAGUAAUUACAGGAGCAAAUAGGGAACGUCUCCUUGGAAUGAAGGAUCGCAAGCUUUGGCAUGUAGGUGUUUGGGUGUGAGCACAGGCCUCCUCGUUUAUCAUCACUGGAACUUUGGGGAAAUCACUGGUUCCAUAGAAGAGUCUCAAUAUUAAAUGACAGUCUCUGGAAAGCCUGAGGGGAUUUAAAUGUGCUUCUGUAUGAAGAAAAGUGUGUGAGACAAAGUGUUCUAAAACUACUUCUUUCUUCCAUGGAAGUGGACUCCUAUCAUAAACGAUCAAACCUACUUUUAUGGCCCCAUGGCUUAAGAAAUGUCCUGUCAGCUCCUAUACACACUGACAGCACUGCCUAGAGCAGAAGGCAGUAACCAAGCAUUGACACAAUCAGCAGCUCCGAGGGAUGCUCAUCCUUGGAGUACACAGAACAAAAUUCCUACUGCCCAUCUGCAUGCCUGAAAAGAGUACGUGUUCCAUUGAAUUAGCAUGUCAAUACGUUUCCUGUGCCUUCCAGGAUCCUUGAUAAAAAAGUGUGGCCCGAUUUGUGUUGCCUUACUGUCAGGAGUGCCUUUACUCCUCAUGCAAGGUUGUACUCUCAGAGUGAUACCUGCUUUCAGGUUGCAUCUCCAGUAGAGCUUCAACUAUUUCACCUCUGGUUGAAACACCUUUCCAUCAUCACACAAACAAGCCCCAGUCUCCCUAGCCUAUUAAAAUGCAGGUAAUGAUUCCCUCACAGCCCGCCAGUGUGUUUCCUGCCCUGAAUGCACGCUUACUAAUAGCAUAAGAAAACAUGGUUAAGUGGCACCUAAGCACCGAUAGCAAAUAGUCUUUUUAGGGACGGUAUAUAUUUAUGUAUAACAUAGAUGUUGACUGCUAUCAUCUCAUUAAUAAACACAUAAAGUAUGGACUUUCAUCUCCCAUUUUUGCAGUUGAUUAUAACUAAUUACAGUCAAUUUUAAUCAAUUACAAUCAGUCAUAUUUCAGGUAGAGAUUCUCUGCUAGGCUGUUAGCUCCUGGGUGCCUGAGAGGUAAUAAAAUCACUGCCAUCCAUAGCACAGGAGCUCCACCCUGCUCUCUCACACCAGUAAUUAGCUUUGCACUGGGAAAAAGGCCCCGGCAAUAUUAUGGUAUAGCCACAAAAUGACAAUCUUGUUCAUGUUCUCUCCUGCUCAAUUUGCUUGUCAAAGUUAUUUAAAACCCCACGUUAAACACUAGUUGGAUACCAUUCUGUGAGGGAGGCCAGGGAAGUUUGUGCAAGUAGCUGUAUGGUGAAGUUAUGAUAUUUCUUCAGAAAUUAGAGUCACUUAAAGUUUUAGCGGUUUCUAGGCAGUUAGGUGAGAACCCUGUACAAUGCCAGCUUAUUUUCAUGAGUGUAUAAGGUAGAUCGCACGGCAGUACUUUAUUUGCAAUAAGCUCACCAGAUAUCCAAUGCUUAAGGAGUGAAAUGUGGCUGAGAAGCCCCUCCCCUUCCUUUCAGUGUGAUCUGGUGGACUGAGGUCACAGCCCAGACUCUGGGACUGGUGGGUGUACAUUGCCAUCUGUCAGGAUGGUCCUGGUGUCCAAAACCUCGUGAAAGGAGCCAUAGAAUUUUCUCAACGGAGACACAGACUUCCUCAGUGUUAGUUCCUAGGCAGAUUUUCUUUAACACUUUAGACACGCAGAGAGGGUAUCUUCUUUAAGUCUUGCUAUUGCCACCCCCUUUAAAAUUGCCUGAUAUAAGUUUCCAUCAAGACAAGGAAUAUUACUUUUGCAUUUCAGAGACAAGAUUGGGGAUAGGGAUGGGGAGGAUGCUGAGCAGACUGUUUUUUCCAAUCAUCUGACGAUGUGAGCAUAGAUGGCUCUGUGCCUCCCUAGUUGGCACCACCUCAACCUAGAAUAUGCUAAGUCCUCCCUGAAGGUUCUGUCUUAACUCUUGACUCUAACUCUUUCUAAUAAAGCUAUUUGUGAAAGCCGAGACACUUAAACAAUAAAAUUCCUGGCCAACGUCGCGGAGUAAGUAAGGGCAGUCUGUACUGGGGACUCAGGAGUCUCCAUUUUUUUCUCUUGUAAUUGAGAAUGGGGGAGCCGUUGGUGUUUCAAGGUUUCACAGAAUAAAGGAGGCUUGUCUAGGGCCCUGGGGAAUGGACAAGAGGGCAGGUGAGACUGUAGUCUGAUGAAUUGUCUCUAGUAAACUAGUCAUUGUUUGGAUAGAAUUUGGGGGACACUGUAGGGGAGUACUAUGUGAAAGGAGCACUUCGGAGACCCAUUCAAGUCCCUUUGCUAUGGGCACGUUCAUUUCCAAGGAGACUGUGACAAGCCUUAGAAUUCUCUAGGAGGUUCACACCUCAGGUGGCACCUGUGGAAAAGUGUACAAAAUAGAGUACUGACACCUUACAUUUUUAUUACCUCUCACCAUUUAAGAGACCAUUUCAUGAAGAUUCUCUAACAUAAUCCUAUAGUAGCCUUCAAAAUAAAGCCUGCUGUACUGUUACUGAUAAGGAUGCCAGGGUCUGUAGUUCUUCCAUACACAGCCAAGGCCACACAGGUAAAAGUGACCAAUGACAAAUUAAAGCAGAAUUUGGUUGUCCUGGAAAAUGUCUCUCUAUUAUUUAGACUCUCUCUCUCUCUCUCUCUCUCUCUCUCUCUCUCUCUCUCUCUGAUACACACACACACACACAGACUCACAAAACCACACAUAGACACACUCUUAUACACAGAGAUACACACACUCUCACACAAACACACAGACACUCUCUUAGACACACACACACACACACACACACACACAGUGUAUGUAUUUUCAUUGUGUAACAGCAUUGGAUUGCAUGUUAUGAAUGCAAACUCGAAUUCCCACGUUGAAAGAUAAAAACCUGAGCAAAUUGAACCAGAGCAGAGCUACCUUAAAGUGCUUCGGGAAGUGCGAACACAUACGCUGAGAUUUUAGAAAGAGGCCAGUUUACUUCUGUAAAAUGAAGAGAGAAAGGCUCGAAAGGACUGGCGAGGCACGAACAUGUCUGGGGAUAGAUUUAUUUCAUUUCAGUCUCAAGUGGGGAAGACAGCUGUGUCUUAGGAACCUAGCAUUGAUCUGUAAAGUAUGGCUUGGUGUCUCUCUUCCUUCCCUAGUUAGAACUUUUAUCGGCUGUGUCUGUAUUUUUACUGAGACCCAGAAAGCCAUUUUGCAUAUGAAGAAGUUCAUGGGCAAAUAAGUUCAGUUAAUAUUUUGUUAAACAAAGCUAACAAUGAUAUUUACUUAACAGAUUGUCUCAAGACAUUAAAAUGCCAUUAGAAAUGGUGAAUCUUCAUGAGAGUUGUGGUACAUUACUCUUGAAACACAUUUUUUAAAAGUUCUGCUUGACAGUCAGGGCAUUUACUAAGAAUGUCUGCUAGAUUCUAGUAUGACUUUGGUGGCAUUUGUAAUGACCUUGAACAUUGACUUUCUUGUUAUUUUUGUUUCUGUUUUCUUUUGUUUCCAUUUCGUAUAUGUCUCUUGGUUGGCAAGCUGUGAGGUUCCUGAUUAUAGCAAGAGUAUAAUUCUUAUUUCUCACUGCUGUGACAGAAUAUAGAGAAACACAAUCUAAGGAAGGGAAGGAUUAAUUUGCCUCACAGAUUCGGGACAUUGUCUGUCUUCAUGGGGGAAGCCUGAGGUGGUUGGCAAACAUUGAAUCUCUAAUCAGGAAAACAGAGGUAUAUAAGUGUAGAUACUCUGCUUGCUUCUCCUUUUUAUUCUGUUCAGGGUCCAGGCCUCUGGGUUAAGAAUAGUAUUAAUCACAUUUAGGUUAGUUCUUCCCACAAAAAUCCAGUCUCAAAACCCUGGUACAAACAUGCCAAGAGGCUUAUCUCCUGGGUGAAGCUAGACCUUGUCAUGUUAAUAAGCAACAUUAUACAUCUCUGUUUUCAUCUCAGUAAAGUUUAUGGAAUUGGGCUCAAUAAAUAACUCCAUGAUUUUAGAAGAAUAUGAUGCUGGGGACUGAGAAGGAAGAAUGUGCCGUGUUUUAAGCACAAAUCAAUGAAAAUGUGGCGAAGCUUUGCUGCUUUGGCCUUUUACAAUGGUUUGUCAAGAAGUGCCUCUCUUUGGAGCGUUCCACAGGCAGGAUCGUGUUCUGUAUGCCAUUCCCUUGAAUUAGAGGGGUUAUUGGUGGUUAUGUCUUGACAUGAAAUUUAAGUAGCAGAAAACCCUCAGAUGGCAGAGAAGCUUUCUAUGUUGGAAAAAGUCAUUAAUUUCCUAACCAGGAAGUGAUUGGAUGCCAGUCCUAAGGUGACAUGGCUGUUCUGUGCCUGUGAUGGGACUAAUUCCACCUAAUUCCCUUCUUGAACUUCAGGUGGCAUCAUAUUACCCAAAUGGGUUGAUUUUUUCCCCCUUUCAGCAUACAUGGGUAGAUAUGCUAGUGUAGGAAGUUUCCAGACAAUUUCAUCUUCCAUGAGGAUAGGGCCAUAUCUGUUCUGCCUAGUUCUUCAAGAACGUAUACUGAGUGCAUCGAAAUGAUUGCCAAACCAUAGCCUCCUUUCAAACAUAAGUAAAACAAGCUUAUUUCAUAAUAAAGAGAUAUUUCUAGUGCUUAGAGUUUACAUAAUAUUUGCAAUUAGAAAGGCAUUUCCCCUGUUUUUUAGUAGCAUUUUCUCAAAGUUCAAAUACUAUUGUAGAGAAUACCAUAAUGGUCUUGGCUUUUCUAUGUGCACUAUGUUCAAUCUGACCCAUAGCCAUCUCCUUUGAAAUAUUUUAGAGAAACUACACCAAAUUUGGGCCUGGUUUACUCAAGAAUAAGACAUGGAGCAUUGUCCCCAGCUGUUAUUGUAGGGAAGGCUCUAGUUAUUUGAGGUUCGUUUUUGUUUUUUACAAACCCUAGUCUAUGUAGCUUGAGUUAUAAGCCCAUGUUAGAUGACUCCACAAUUACAAGUAUUAAGCCUCUGUUAUCUCACUGAACAAGGUGAAUGUUAGCCAGUAAAUGUGGACAACUAUUUAUCUUCUUGGACAUUGCUAAGUUCUCUAUUCAAGGAUAUCUCUCAACAAAUGAGGUAAAAUAGCAGUAUUUAUCAUCUGCCAACCUCAGUUCCAUAAAAUGAGUUUUAAGUUAUUGGAGAGUCUGCACACUGGAGUGAGGGCAUGUAAGACACUCCCAGCUUUGCUUUGAAAGCGUCCAGGAACUUCUAGCAUAUCAGUCUUAAAUCAGUUCUGGAGAAUAAGCAGGUCCCCAUUCUUCUAAAGUGGAUACCUUUUAUCCCAUGUUUGCCUCACUGCUUUUCUCAGAGUGCCCAGGGUCACACAGUCAAACAUUCGAGCUCAGGUCUGGCAUUUUGUUAAACUCCUCUUAGAUUGACUCUCAAUGCAAACCUACUUCUACUCUCUGCAUGACAGAGAUGAGCCUUCAGGGUGAUGUGUCCUCCCUCACCUCUCAGAACAAACAUGUUAUUCAAAGCAUUAAAGCCCAAGGUGAAGGCCUCCUGUCCACAUUCUAUUCCAAGCUUCAGAAGGUGGCAGGUGGUGAAUUAUAUCCAUCCUCUAAGUUCCCGGCAUUUUGAAGCUUCGGGGACACUGGUGUCCAAGAGUGUGCUAAUGUUUUCUGGUGUGCACCUUGACUCUGGUGUUUCAUCAGUAACAGUUAGCAGCACUGACUUGGUGAGCUUGAGGUUGAGGACAGUUCUUUGAUCUCUCUCUCUCUUUACAUCUACUCCUGGACUUUUCUGGAACAUUCAGUACUUAAUGACAAGAGUGUUAUUUUGAAAGUGAAUGUUGAAAAUAGAAUUCAAUAUAUUUAGGUUUUAAAAGUCUUUAUUAAGACUGUCUAGAAGACAUAAUGAAUCAUCAGGUUUUUUUUAAAGAAGAAUCAUGUUACUUAAAAUAUAUAUAUAUAUAUAUAUAUAUAUAUAUAUAUAUAUAUAUAAUUGACCUUCUUUGAAGCACAGUUCUAUAGAUGUGAUGGUUAUCACAUCACAUUCAUCACCAACUUCAAACUUGGGGGUAGGCCUCUGAAGAAGUGCCAUGAUCAUGGAUAACCUCUGAGAAUGUCUGUAAGAGGUUGUAUUUUUAAAAAUUAUUUUGUGUAUGAAUGAUGAAUGUGUGGGCUUAUGUGUGUGUCUGGUUGUCAGAAGGCAACUUGAGGAGUCAGCCCUCCCCUUCUACACCUGUGUGUAGAUUAACCGGGUGGUCAGGUUCCUGUCAUCAACUGUUAAGUACCUUUGACCUCUGAGCUGUCAUUGUGGCCCAGGACAUCAUAUUUAUUAAGUUAACCAAUCUAUGGAGACUCAUCUUAAAUGUAGAUGCAACUAUGUUCUGGGCAGAGAAUUCUGGACUGUAUAGAGUGGAGAAGGGAAGUUAAGCAUGAAUCCAACAUUAUCUGGUUGUGACUGCAGAUGUAAUGUGGCAGCAGCUUGAAGUUUCUAAUGCCUUGACUUCUCUUCAGUGACGGAUGCUAAGCUGGAACUGAGAGCCCAAGUAGACCCAUCCCCCCUUAGUUUCUGUAUCUCGGGUUAUUUUAUCAUGGUGACAAGACCAAAACAAAGACAAUGAAUUUUGGGUUGUAUCCUGGAUUCUAGAGCUAUCGCCCCAAUCAGGUUAUUCAAGUGGUUCAUACCACCACUAUACAGCUCCUUACUGUUCUACCAGGCCACCCUCAAGGUCUGUUGCUUGUCACACCAUUUCCGUCUUUCUGAGAAUCUUAGAUAAAUGGAAUCAUUCAGUGUGUAGCCCAUUCAGAAUGGCUUCUUUCAUCUAAUAGAAUUCCUUUGAAGUUCACCCAAGUAACUUAUAAACAUACACUGGAUUCACUGGAUAAUGCUCAUUGUUUAGGCUUGCUAAAUCCUUUCUUUCUUUCUUUCUUUCUUUCUUUCUUUCUUUCUUUCUUUCUUUCUUUCUUUCUUUCCUUCUUUCUGCCUGCCUGCCUUCCUGCCUUCCUUCCUUCCUUUCUUUCUUUUUAUUUUUGUGUGCUCCAAAGCUUAUUGAUGAUAGUGAAACAUACAUUUCACAUACAUGUGUGCAUGUGUGUGCAUGCAUGCGUGUGUGUGUGUGUGUGUGUCUGUGUGUGUGUGUGUGUGGUAUUUAUUUCUUAUGGGGAAAGACCUGAGUGCCAGACUGUGUGUAGUCACAUAGCAGGACUAUUAUUUACCUUUACAAGGACCUUCUACUAUGUGCUGCAGUCUGGAUUCCACAUGUUAUUGAACCCAGCACUUCCAGCUACUUUCUAUCUUUUUAAGCUAUAGAUAUUUUCAAAUUUUUUUAUUAUAUUAGCUAUUUUGAUAAGGUGUAGUUGCGAUCUUAGUUUAUUCCCCAAAUGAGCCAUGGUCUUGAACACCCUUCAAUAUGUUAGUUUGCCUUCUGCAUUUUUGUUUUGGUAAAGUUAUCUUUUUUUAUUCACAGACUUAAUAUUUCAAGAGUAUUUUGCUUACUGUGUGGUGCCUUCACAUUUAUUAGUAUUUUUUAAAUUGCUUCGAAUAGUGGGAUCCUCCUCCUUUCUUUCACAUAAAUCUUACCUCAUUUAUCUAGAUCUAAAGCUAUCCCUGUGACAUUUUGGUUGAAAGCAACUAAACCUGUCAGGUAAUUUGGGGAAAACCAAUGUCUUCCCAGUGCUGAGUCUUUUUAAGGUAUACCGAUUAUAUCUGUCCCAUUCUCACUAAUGGGACAAAUAACCAAAAUAUCCAUUUACAAGACACCCACAAGGCCUGGUACACAACCACAAUUCCAGCAUUCUGAAAGCAGACCCAGGGGGACCAAGAAUUUAAAACAAGGUUGGGCUACAUAAGAAGACUCUCGCCUCUCAUUUAAGGGGUUUAUUUGUGCAGUGCAAAGUGGUUAACACAAAAUCUCACAUCUAGUGUGAGCGAAGAGAAUGAUAGUGGCGUAUUCAGGCACAAAUGCAACAUCCUCAUCCACAGGUCUCAGGAACUGCCAUGGAGGAGGAUCAGAAAUAUUAUAAACAGGUAGAGGAGGACAGGCUGAAGUAGUAUCUUAUGAAUGGGACAGGGCUGCUAUAUUCAUGAACUCACACAUGGGAGCUGUGGAUGUCUACGUAGGACCAAACCAGCUAACAUUCCAGCAUGGGGACGGGAGGAAUUCAUGAGCUCUGUCAUUUUUCCUUAAUCCUUGAUCAUGGUAGAUUGACCAUGAUCCAGGCGCAGUGGAUGGUCUCGCACCCAGGAGCAUAUGGGGAACAUAGACUAGAUUCUUUAUUUUUAAAAAUAGGACAGAACAGAAAAGGACAUAAAAUUGUAGUGUAAAUCACUGGGGACGAGUUUGGGGGAGACUUGGGAUUGAAUAUGAACAAAAUAGGGUCUUCAAUAAUUAUUGAAAUGUAAGAACAGGCCCUGGACUCAAACAGAUAAACAAAGCAGUAACUACUGACACCAGUGUGUCAUCGCAUGGUUGUCUGUGAGCCAGAAGGACAGGGACAGAGCAGUGGACUCGCUUCUCUGUGUUCUUGGAAGAUUGACAUCUCAGUACUGUCAAGGCUGCGCUCUCUCUCUCCUCACUGCUCUAGAAAUGAAAGCCUUCUCCCCAUCCUCAGUAUUUGAAGGAUGAUUAAGACUGUCUUUCAUUUUAGCCUAAUACUCUAAGUUUGUACCUUUUGAUUAUUGCCCUGUUCCAUCUACGUCACAGAACUUACAUGCUGGUAUGUAUAGCAUCAGCACAUACAUUCAAUGUCUCUGUGAUCAGUAGCUGUAUUUUUUUUUUGCUUAUUCCUACAUUUUAUAUUAGCUUCCUCUGUUUGUUUCACCUGGUUCGAGAUCUGUCAGAAUCACCAGGCUUUUCAGAGAACCCAUUUGAUGUGCCCCCUCCCCCAAUUUUACCCAUUUUAAAAUUCUUUGACCUCUACUUGUUCUUUUAAUUUUUAUUUUGCUCACUUGGUUUAUUCAUCUUGUCAUUCCUAGGAUCUAAAGUGAAAUAUUAAACUACUCACCUUAUAACUUUUUUUUGAGCAUAAUGUCUUUAAUACAACAGUUUUCCAAGGAGCACAUCAUUAGUGUGACAUUUUAGUCUAAUUUCUUCUCUCUCAGAGCUAUUUCUCUUGAUCCAUUGGUUAUUGAAAACUAUACCCCUCCCUUUACUUCCCUGAUUUUAUAUCUGAUUGAACCUUAUGUUUACAGAUUGUCCUCUCAUUUCCUUUGAAGAGGCUAUGGUUUGAUUCCUGUCAAGUGAUAUGACCUGAGUGCUUAAAUAGGUUACUCAGUUGUUUGCAUUUAGAGUCCUCAGAAGGCUGCUGUCUGCUAUGCACCUGCUUUUAGCUUCAUUGCUAGGAAGGACAGGCCAGAGCACACUUCUUUCUUAUUGCCUGUAAUUACUGCCUUUUAUGUCGUCUUGCUUAAAAGUUCACUUAUUGCUAAAUAUUGGCUCAUGAAAUUUUCUCACAGAGAUCCUCUUAUGGGAGAAUUGUGAGGCAGUACCAGGUGGAUGAAAAGAAUCCCCACUUCUUGAUAAACAUAAGGGGGGUUCCCCUUCUAAGAGGAUGGGACUUCCUUGGUGUUUGAUGAGUCUGUUCUUCUGUGGGAUCCUGCAGAGUCACGCUUCCGAACGCUGUGAUGACUGGGGACUAGAUACCAUGCGACAAAUCCAAGUGUUUGAAGAUGAGCCAGCUCGCAUCAAGUGCCCCCUCUUUGAACACUUCUUGAAGUACAACUACAGCACUGCCCAUUCCUCUGGACUUACCCUGAUCUGGUACUGGACCAGGCAAGACCGGGACCUGGAGGAGCCCAUUAAUUUCCGCCUUCCAGAGAAUCGCAUCAGUAAGGAGAAAGAUGUGCUCUGGUUCCGGCCCACCCUCCUCAAUGACACGGGCAAUUACACCUGCAUGUUGAGGAACACGACUUACUGCAGCAAAGUUGCAUUUCCCCUGGAAGUUGUUCAGAAGGACAGCUGUUUCAAUUCCCCCAUGAGACUCCCAGUGCACAGGCUGUAUAUUGAACAGGGUAUUCACAAUAUCACGUGUCCAAAUGUAGAUGGAUAUUUUCCUUCCAGUGUCAAACCAUCGGUCACUUGGUAUAAGGGUUGUACUGAAAUAGUGAAUUUUCAUAAUGUUCAACCCAAGGGCAUGAACUUGAGUUUUUUCAUCCCCUUGGUAUCAAAUAACGGAAAUUACACAUGUGUGGUGACGUAUCUGGAAAACGGACGGCUCUUUCACCUCACCAGGACUAUGACUGUAAAGGUAGUAGGCUCACCAAAGGAUGCAGUACCACCUCAUAUCUACUCGCCAAAUGACCGCGUUGUCUAUGAGAAGGAACCAGGAGAGGAGUUGGUUAUUCCCUGUAAAGUCUAUUUCAGUUUCAUUAUGGACUCUCACAAUGAGAUCUGGUGGACCAUUGAUGGAAAGAAGCCUGAUGACGUCCCUGUUGACAUCACUAUUAAUGAAAGCGUAAGUUAUUCUUCAACGGAAGAUGAGACAAGGACUCAGAUUUUGAGCAUCAAGAAAGUCACCCCUGAGGAUCUGAAGCGCAACUAUGUCUGUCACGCUCGAAAUGCCGAAGGGGAAGCCGAGCAAGCAGCCAAGGUGAAACAGAAAGUCAUACCGCCAAGGUACACAGUAGAACUCGCCUGUGGUUUUGGAGCCACAGUCUUUCUGGUGGUGGUUCUCAUCGUGGUCUACCACGUUUACUGGCUGGAGAUGGUCCUCUUUUACCGGGCUCAUUUUGGAACGGAUGAAACAAUUCUUGAUGGAAAAGAAUAUGAUAUUUAUGUUUCCUAUGCAAGAAAUGCAGAAGAAGAGGAGUUUGUGCUGCUGACACUACGUGGAGUUUUGGAGAAUGAGUUCGGAUACAAGCUGUGCAUCUUCGACAGGGACAGCCUCCCUGGGGGAAAUACGGUGGAAGCAGUGUUUGAUUUCAUUCAGCGGAGCCGAAGGAUGAUUGUUGUCCUGAGCCCAGACUAUGUGACAGAAAAGAGCAUCAGUAUGCUGGAGUUUAAGCUGGGUGUCAUGUGCCAGAACUCCAUUGCCACUAAGCUCAUUGUGGUGGAGUACCGUCCGCUUGAGCAACCCCACCCAGGCAUUAUGCAGCUGAAAGAGUCUGUGUCUUUCGUAAGCUGGAAGGGAGAAAAGUCCAAACAUUCUGGCUCCAAGUUCUGGAAGGCCUUGCGCUUGGCUCUUCCCCUGAGAAGUCUGAGCGCCAGCUCUGGUUGGAAUGAGAGCUGUUCUUCUCAGUCUGACAUCAGUCUGGAUCAUGUUCAGAGGAGAAGUCGUUUGAAAGAGCCCCCAGAACUUCAAAGCUCAGAGAGGGUGUCUGGAGCAGCGCCAGCCCCGGGCACCAUAUCCAAGCACCGAGGCAAGCCCUCGGCAGCCUGUCGCUGCUGUGUCACCUACUGUGAAGGAGAAAGUCACCUCAGGAGCAAGAGCCGGGCAGAGAUGCACACCCAUCCCCAAUGGGAAACACACCUCUGUAAGCCUGAUCUCCAAGAGUCUGAAAGUCAGUGGAUACAAAAUGGCACCAGACCCGAACCCGCUCCCCAGAUCUCAGCUCUUGCACUCCGCCAUUUUACAGAUUUAUCCAAUAACAAUGACUUUUAUAUUCUAUAAUCACUUUAUGUGGAGGGUGGUGGCUGCUAUUUCUACCAACUCUCGUUGGGUCACAAACUUUUGGGAAUAAUCGACAUUUUUAAUCAUUUAAUAGACUAUCAGAUUUGUGUCCCCUUUUAUUGAUUUUUUUUUAAAAAACUAUUCAUUUCUAGGAGACAAAAGACCUGAAGCACCUGUAUCCAGUUAUUGCCUCUAAUGGCCUUGGAAGAGCACACUCUUCUCGGGCCCUAGAAGGUCAGUAUGUAAAAGUUGCUUUGAGUCUGAUCUUGCCCCGUGGUUCAAAGGUAGCUAAGCAUUGCUGUCUCCUUGUGAUAUAGGUCAAUGAAGUGUACUUGGGCUUUGACACUCACAGAGUGUAUGCACCCAAAAGACCAGGGCUGUGACACUCUCAGGGUGUGUGUACCCCAAGGAGCGACUUGAGAAGGAGCAGGUUCUGGUGGACAUUGUAGGACAGAGCUCAGCAGCAAACCUACAGCACAUUUUGCCCCCAGGGACCAAAUCUUCCCACAGGAAUUCCUGCUUCCCAUUUCCCCCUGUAAAUAAUAUGCUUUUUGUUGCCAGUCUCAAUAAAGGUAUAUUUUUAUGCCA